AUGUUUGGCGCAUUUAGGCCCAGUUCAGUCAACUUGGGUGGUCUGCUCUGGAAGACACCCUGGAGAUUGUCACCCACAAGGAAAACUAACCAACGUGAGCGACUCAAGCGUGUAGAUGCUGUGAUCGAAGCGGUAAGAGCAAGUGGUGUAGAAUGUGCGGCUUUGACAAAAGCUCUUACUUUGCCUAAAGAACAUGAAAUGUCUGCGAGGGACAAAUACACCACGUUUGUUAAGUCUGCGAAAGGCUAUCGAAAGGGUGUACAUAAAGUUCCAAAGUUUACCAGGCUCACCUUGCGGGAGAAUCCAAAGGGGUUCUAA